AGCAAGACUACUAGAAAUUAAUGAGCCGAGAUACACUGACUCUUACUCCAAUGCAGCACACUGAUUCUCACCCCCAUAAUCCACUCACAUACGGUGUGGCCUGUGUAUGUAAGCUUACAUAUCUACAGUCUAUACGCAUGUUCCUCUGUUCCGAAUACGCACCCUUGAUAUCUUCCUCCUCGUCAUCUCAUCAUGGUGGAUCUUGACCAACUCGGAAAUUUCGCUCGGCCGAAACUAUUUCCCAAUGUGGUAAUAAUACUGAACCUCCUCCGAAAUCCGAUAGGUGUCAGCUAUGCCUAUUUCUACUUUAUGUGGUCAAUUUUUCGGGUUCUACUGCAAAGUCCGACAUGGAUGAUGGAAAAUCUUGAAGACUGAAUGGUAUAAAGCCGGCGUUUGCGCCGCAUCAAAGGCUUCGUUCCAGCAUUCUAAAUAUACAUUGCAAUUCAAUACUUGAAUAGACGACCUCAGAGACACGCAAUAAAUAUGGCAUCCAACCUGAUUGUCUUUAUCACCGGUGCCAACACAGGCCUUGGACUCGAAACUGUGAAGUCCUUGUUGCAGUCUCCUACAGCUUAUACUAUACUACUCGGGGGCCGCAGCCUGGAAAAAGCAAACACCGCAGCGAAAGAAGUGCAGGCUGAAUUCAUAAAGAGUCCAAGUAUCAUCAAGACAGUCCAGAUUGACCUUGAGGACGACGGCUCCAUUUCUAGCGCAUACGAGCAUAUCACAAAGGAGUACGGUCGCGUAGAUGUCUUGAUCAACAACGGAGGAGGCCAGUUUGAUCAGCAGAUUCUUCUCGGAAAUAUGUCAAUGCGAGAGGCGUGGAACAAAUCAUGGAACGUCAACGUUACGGGAACGUGCAUCCUUACUCAUACCUUCGUGCCGCUUCUCUUGAAAGCCGCUGAUCCAAGACUUAUUUUCAUAACGAGUGGCGUAUCUACACUAGCCGAAUCCGACAACAUAGCCAUCAAAAUAAACCACGCUCCAGCAAAGGGUUGGCCAAAAAAAGAGCCCUCUGUGGUAGCUUACCGAUCCAGCAAGACCGGCAUGAACAUGAUGAUGCGUGAGUGGACAAGGAUUCUGAAGGAAGAUGGGGUCAAAGUAUGGGCCAUUUCCCCUGGAUUCUUAGCAACUGGUCUGGGUGGGAACCCGGAGUUAAAUAAGAAGAUGGGCGCUUUGAAUCCAAGUAUUGGGGCCAGUCUUGUGAGAGAGGUGGUUGAAGGUGCCCGGGACCUGGAUACCGGUAAAGUCGUCCGCCGGGACGGCAUUCAGCCAUGGUAACUGUACCUUAUAAUGUUGUUGUAGCCAGUGCCAAUACUAUGAGCAGAAUAAAGACAGUUGAAGAGCGAUAUCUGAGGAUAUAAUAUCGAUCCGAGGCACUUGAGAGACAAGAUGGCAAUCAGAAACAAUGGCGCGAUUAGAAUGCC